AAAGGAAAAUUAAGGAAUGGUUACCUAAAAGAAGCGAUACAAAGAAGAACAACUCAAAUAAAAGAAGAAGAAGAAGAAGAAGAAGGUCACAGCUCCCAGUCCCAAGACCCACACCAGGACCAAGCCUAAAGUAAACAAGAAAACUACACGUGUUAUUGAAAAGUUAGCAGGAGAGAGGGUCAAGAGGAACUAACCAGCCCCACAAAGCACUGGAGAAGAAGAGGAAAGAUUAAGAAGAGAACCCAUCAAGCUAAAUAAGGCAAUACAGAUCAAAAGAAGGAGAAGAAAACUUGACCUGGGGAGGAUUCAACAGUUCAAUACAACUCCAUGGCCUAACCAGACCCUUGAAACAGUGAAGAAGGGGAACAGAAGAGAGGAGGAGGACCCACGAGGCGUUAGAAAGCAAUAAAGCUCCACAGAUAAAAGAAGAAGACUUUACCAGGGAAGGUUAACACAACUAACACAACCCUAUGGCCUAACCAGCUCCCAAAAACACUGAAGAAAAAGAUUAACACAGCAGAUACCACACUCCACCUUCCUCAUACCUAACUAACACUAUGGAGGACGAGGUGCCAUUGGUAAGCCAUAAUGGGGAACACAGCCUGGAGAGAAAGAUUAAAAGACGCAAGCCUGGCAUUGUGUACCUGUCCUCCAUCCCGCCCAACAUGAAUGUGGCCAAGAUCAGGGAGUACUUCAACAGGUUCGGCGCCUUGGAUAGGGUAUUCCUACAGGCUGCGGACAAGGAUGACUCCAACAGCAAGGGUCCCAAGGGCAAGAAAUUCAAGAAGAACCUGCACUUCACGGAGGGGUGGCUGGAGUUCAAGAGUAAGAGGAAGGCCAAGCAGGUCCAUCUCUACCUCAACAGCCAGCCCGUCGGAGGGAAGAAGAAGAACCGUUACUACGAUAUGCUCUGGAACAUCAAGUAUCUGCCCAGGUUCAAGUGGGCGUACCUCAAGCAGCGACUGGAGUACGAGAGGGAGGUGAUGAAGCAGCGCAUGGGAGCGGAGAUCUCGCAGGUCAGGAAGGAAACCGACCACUUCAUCAAACUCGCAGAGGUCAGCAAGAAGAAGAAGAGGAAGGAGAAGAAGAACAUGGAAGGAGAGACAACAGAGGUAGCGAAGACGGAGGAUAAGGAUAACGUCUUCAUCUUCAAGCAAAGGGAAACGGAGGAGGAGAAACUGAGUAAAAAGGAAGAGAGGAAGAGGAAGAAUGAGCUGUUCAAGAAGAGAAUAGCGGAGAAGAAGAAGAAGAAGCAGAAGAGGAAAGUGGAUAAGCCGGAGGACUUCUUGGGGUCCGUCUUCGUGGGGGCAGCAUAGAUAAGUUAGAGAUGGCUUGUAUGUCUUGCGUAAUAAAGUGAGAAGCGAUGAGAA